ACAAGUCCGCUGCGAUGCUGAAGCUCGCAGCCGAAAAAUACCCACACCCGAAGAUCGAUUAUCUCCCGCUCGACAUUGUGCAAGACGUGGAGAAGUUUGCGCGCGAACAAGGGCAGUUCCAACGGGUUUACUCAUUCCUCACGUUGCACUGGAUCCGGGACCAGGGUGUUUCCUUGAGCAACAUCGAGAGGCUCAUGGCACCUGGGGGAGAGUGCGUCCUGCUCUUCAAGCGAAGUGUGCAUUUCUUCGACCUCUUUGAAGCGAUCAGGAAUUCGCCGCGAUGGUCGAAGUACAGCCAGGUUCUCGAAGAUAUGAUGCCGGUUACUGCUACGCUGAAUGACGUUGCAUCUCUGAGAGAGUACGCAAGAAAUCUUGUCGAGUCUACUCGUCUCACGACACUAGCAUGUGAAGUUUUCGUUUCUCCGACGACGCUGCGAUGGACGCGGGAAAAGUUGACCGAAUCGCUUCUUUCAUUCAACCCAGUAUACCCCCUGCUAGACGAAAAAGAGAAGAAAGAUUUCAAGAACUUCAUCGCAGAUUUUGCCAAGACCUUCUCAGUCGACACUUUUAAUGAAGACCCGAUAAACCGCACAUACCUUUUCAUUCACGCCUGUAAGUUGGAUGGCUGCACAAAAGCUGCAUGAAAGCUGCACAACAGGUAUUUU